AUGGGGCUCACCAUCAGCAAAGUCACUUGUGCCGGUAUUGCUUUCCCGUCUGACACCAAUGCAAGUUACCUACGAGCGGCCCGGGCAGGCAACUUGGAGAAGGCCCUUGACUACUUAAAAAGUGGAGUGGACAUCAACAUUUGCAAUCAGAAUGGGCUGAACGCUCUCCAUCUCGCCUCCAAAGAAGGCCACGUCGAAGUCGUCUCGGAGCUGAUACAGAGAGGUGCUCAUGUGGACGCCGCGACAAAGAAAGGAAACACAGCUUUGCACAUAGCAUCUCUGGCGGGGCAGACGGAAGUGGUGAAAGUGCUGGUUACUAACGGGGCCAACGUCAAUGCACAAUCUCAGAAUGGCUUCACACCAUUGUAUAUGGCAGCUCAAGAAAACCACCUGGAAGUGGUUAAGUUUCUUCUCGAUAAUGGGGCAAGUCAGAGCCUUGCCACAGAGGAUGGCUUCACCCCGUUGGCAGUAGCCCUACAGCAGGGCCACGACCAGGUGGUUUCCUUGUUGCUUGAAAAUGACACCAAGGGGAAAGUCCGUCUUCCUGCUCUUCACAUUGCUGCACGCAAGGAUGACACAAAGGCAGCCGCCCUGCUGCUGCAGAACGACCAUAAUGCAGAUGUGGAGUCCAAGAGCGGCUUCACCCCCCUCCACAUAGCUGCCCACUAUGGAAACAUUAAUGUGGCUACGCUGCUUUUAAAUCGUGGUGCUGCUGUGGACUUUACGGCAAGAAACGAUAUCACUCCAUUACAUGUAGCAUCGAAGCGAGGGAACACCAACAUGGUUAAACUGCUGCUUGACAGAGGAGGAAAAAUUGACGCCAAAACAAGGGAUGGGCUGACACCUCUCCACUGUGGGGCACGAAGUGGCCAUGAACAGGUUGUGCGGAUGCUGCUUGAUCGGGGAGCUCCUAUUCUCUCCAAAACAAAGAACGGCCUGUCUCCGUUGCACAUGGCGACGCAGGGGGACCACCUCAACUGCGUCCAGCUUCUGAUCGAGCACAACGUGCCGGUGGACGACGUCACCAACGACUACCUAACAGCACUGCACGUCGCGGCUCACUGUGGCCAUUACAAAGUUGCAAAGGUUCUGUUGGACAAGAAAGCCAACCCUAAUGCCAAAGCACUGAACGGUUUCACACCUCUCCACAUUGCCUGCAAAAAGAACAGAAUUAAAGUUAUGGAACUUCUGUUGAAGCACGGGGCAUCGAUUCAAGCUGUCACUGAGUCGGGUCUGACACCGAUCCAUGUUGCUGCCUUCAUGGGACAUGUAAAUAUCGUUUCACAGCUGAUGCACCAUGGAUCAUCGCCCAAUACAACCAAUGUGAGGGGAGAGACGGCCCUACACAUGGCUGCAAGAGCUGGCCAGUCAGAGGUUGUCCGGUACUUAGUACAGAACGGAGCUCAGGUAGAAGCAAAAGCCAAGGAUGACCAAACGCCACUGCACAUCUCUGCGCGACUGGGGAAAGCUGAUAUAGUCCAGCUGCUGUUGCAACAAGGAGCGUCUCCAAAUGCUGCCACGACCUCAGGAUAUACACCGUUGCAUCUCUCGGCACGAGAAGGACACGAAGAUGUAGCAUCUGUCCUCUUGGACCACGGUGCCUCCUUAAGUAUAACAACCAAGGUGAGGAGUGGUUUAACUCCACUGCAUGUCGCGGCACAUUACGAUAAUCAGAAAGUGGCGCUUCUGCUCUUGGACCAGGGAGCCUCACCUCACGCCUCCGCAAAGAACGGUUACACGCCCCUGCACAUUGCUGCCAAGAAGAGCCAGAUGGAUAUCGCAACCACGCUGCUGGAAUAUGGUGCUGAUGCCAAUGCCGUCACCAGGCAGGGCAUCGCCCCUGUGCACCUGGCCUCCCAAGAGGGCCACGUAGACAUGGUGUCAUUACUUCUAACCAGGAAUGCUAAUGUGAACCUAAGCAACAAGAGUGGCCUGACACCGCUCCACCUCGCGGCACAGGAGGACAGAGUCAACGUGGCCGAGGUCCUUGUUAAUCAAGGUGCUGUUGUGGAUGCACAGACCAAGAUGGGAUACACUCCAUUACAUGUUGGCUGCCACUAUGGAAACAUCAAAAUAGUCAAUUUCCUUCUGCAGCAGUUUGCAAAAGUUAAUGCCAAAACAAAGAAUGGCUACACCCCCCUUCAUCAAGCAGCACAACAGGGACAUACCCAUAUAAUCAACGUCUUGCUCCAGAAUGGCGCGUCACCCAAUGAGCUCACUGUGAAUGGGAACACUGCCCUUGCCAUCGCCAAACGACUGGGCUACAUCUCAGUGGUUGACACCCUGAAGGUCGUGACAGAAGAGACAAUGACCACAAUUACCGUCACGGAAAAACACAAAAUGAAUGUCCCAGAAACGAUGAACGAAGUUUUGGAUAUGUCUGAUGACGAAGUUCGUAAAGCGAAUGCCCCCGAAAUGCUCAGUGAUGGUGAAUAUAUGUCAGAUGGUGAAGAAGGUGACGAUGCAAUAACCGGAGAUACGGACAAGUACUUGGGGCCGCAGGAUCUCAAAGAGCUGGGAGAUGAUUCUCUGCCUGCAGAAGGAUACAUGGGCUUCAGUCUAGGCGCCCGAUCUGCCAG